AUGUUUAAUCAACUUCAACAUUAAGAAAUCCAUCAAAAAGAAAUAAAAUUACCCUUACUAUCCCAAACAUUAAAAAAUUUAAACAUCGACCCCCAUGACCCAAAUUGGCGUUAAAAUCUACGUGAAAAACGCCAAAAUAAAGUCCCAUAAUUUCCCCCAAUGUAAAACUCUACAUUACUAAAUGUAUUUAAAAACGAGUAAAUAUCUCAUCUACCAAUCUGGGUAAUGCGUUAAGCAGGUCGUUAUCUUCCUGAAUUUCGUUAAAUUAGAUAAGAUUGGUCUUUUUUUGAUUUAUGUGAUAAUCCUUUAUUGGCUACAGAAGUAACUUUAUAGCCAUUAUAGAGAUUUGAAAUGGAUGCUGGUAUCAUUUUUAGUGAUAUUUUAGUAGUCCCUAAAGUAAUGGGAAUGGAGGUUGUUAUGGAGGAAAAAAAGGGACCUGUAUUACCUUAACCAUUAUUAGAUCCUUCGCAUUUAGAAAGAUUAAAAAUCCCAAACAUUGAAGAUUUAGGAGAUGUUUAUGAUGCUAUAUAUUUAUUUAGAUAAGCUGUAGACGGUACAGUAUCAACUAUAGGUUUCGCAGGCGCUCCAUGGACUUUAAUGUGUUAUAUGAUAGAAGGUAGUGGAAGUAAAUUAUAUUCAAAAGUAAAAAAAUGGAUAUAUAAAUGGCCUUAAGAGAGUAAAUAAUUACUUCAAAUGAUCACUGAUGUUCUUAUUGAUUAUUUAUCAUCGUAAAUAGAGUCAGGAGCUUAAGUUGUGUAAAUUUUUGAUUCUUGGGCUGGAGAAUUAAGUACUUAGGAUUAUUAAGAGUUUGGUUUAUAAUAUUGUGUAUAAAUAGGAAAUAAUCUGAAGGAAAAACACCCGGAUUGUAAUAUUAUUAUAUUCGCUAAAGGACAGCAUUCCGAAUUAGUUUUUUAAUAAAAAUGUUUCGAUUGUAUAGGAGUAGAUUAUGCUUUUGAUUUAGAAAAAGCAGUGUAAUAUGGAAAAUAAUAUAAUAAAAUAAUUUAAGGAAACCUAGAUCCGGGUGUUUUAAUGGGCAAUAAAGAAACUAUAGUGUAGAAAACUAGAGAUAUGAUAGAUAAAGUAGGUGUUAAUAAAUAUAUUGUUAAUUUAGGGCAUGGUAUGUGGCCGGAACAUGAUUUGAAUAAUUUAAAAAUUUUCGUAGAUGAAACUCAUGAGUAUUCGAAAAAACUAAUAUAAAAAUAAAAAAAUUAAUGA